UGUGCCUGCGUCGGUUUCCCCUUAUUUGUGUGAUCAUCUGCUUCCUGCACUAAUCAUCUGAGAAAAUAGACAACAAUGCUGAUCAAAUUGAAGGAAAAACAUGAAGAACACCUCAAAUUCUUUAGCAGUCAACCUCCUGAGGUUUUGGAAAACUUCUGUCAGCUGUCAGAAAAGCACCUGGAAAAAGGAACAGUGCCAAAGGCAUACUCUAACGCAGCAAAUAAAUUGAAUGUCAGUCCAGAUACCGUCGAAAAUGCUUUAAAAUCAAUAAUUUACCUCAUGGUGGAAACUUGCAGAUAUCAAGUUAGCGAAGAAGAGUUAAAUGUGACAUUGCUGGCGUUGGGGUUUUCUGAAGAGCACAGAAAAAUCCUGUUACAGCACCUGCAGAGCAAUUUGAUUUCUAAAGAUGAUUUGCGACCGUUGAAAUUGCACACACCCCACUACAAAAAUCUUCAGUGGAGGUUAGAGGCACUGAUGAUGAGCAGAUCGUUGCUCAACACAGCUGGAGAGUGUUCUAUUGUGAUAAAACUGCAACUUUCCACAGGAUAUAUGUGCCUCUCUGUCCCUCCUGAUGUACUGUUGCAUAUUACAGAAGUGUUUGAAAGAGCACUGGCUGAAAUUAACUCAAGGCAUUCGAGACGAGCCCUUCGAAUGGCUCCUUUGACUUAAAAUUGAUGUCUGUUCUAUUUAUCUAUUUUUAUAAUUUUCGAGCCUAAUAAAGAGUCUACAAACAAGUUAAGAUUUAGCCUGAUAAAUGCUGGUUUCGAAAUUGGAGUGUCUGAUUUAAGUCCUUAAAUUAAAAAGCUAUAAAUGUUAUUCCAAAUAUUCAGCAUUUAAUAAUUUAAAUGUAAUGAAUAAUGAUCUUUCAACUGAUAUUAAAGCAAUUAUUACUAAGCCAA